CCUUGCUUAACAUUUUAAAUUCCUUUUCGUUUUUCCUGCAACUUUUGCUUUAAAAUUGAUCUGUUUCUCAAAAAUGUCUAAAGGCACAGGACCUUUGUCUAAAUUGUACAAUAUUACCAUCAGUACUAUUGAUAAAAUUGUUCCAAACGCAGUCCAGCCACUUUGGCAAUCUCCAGCCGGCCCCCGCACUGUGUUUUUUUGGGCGCCAGCGUUUAAAUGGUCCUUAGUGCUGGCUGGACUGAGCGAUACGCUAAAUCGUCCUGCUGCCAAUAUAUCAGUAAAUCAGUGCGCGACCUUGGCACUCACGGGCUUGAUUUGGUCUCGUUAUUCAGUGGUCAUAACACCCAAGAACUACAAUCUGCUGGCCGUCAACAUAGCCGUCUUCAUCAUCCAAGGUUAUCUGGUGGGCAAGCACCUUAGAUGGCGCAGCGAGAAUUCUCGGAAUGCGGUGUUCAAUCAUUCGAACUACUCAAUCAAAUCGGAGGAUGAUUGGUAGCAAGAGAAACAAUUUAUAGAAAGUUGGCGUUGUUUAAAAUCAUCUGAAAUGAACGUGGUAUCAACCCAAAUGCAAAAGGUCUGGGAACCUUUAAUUUAAUUCUUGGAAAUCUAUGUGCACUGAAUACCGACGUGUGUAGUUAAUCUAAUAAGAAAAUGCAAUUGAUCUUUCAAUAAAGACCAUUCUGUGCCUACAAAUGCGUUCC